AUGUCGGAGGCUCAGGCGAGCCAUGAGACAGCCCACAACCCUAGGCUUGCUGAGAACACGUUGCAGGUGUUUCGGGACAUGGCCAACCGUUGCCUACGAACCUGUUCCAUCAGGGCCACAAGUACCUCGACGACAAGCCAUCUCACUCCAUGCAUCAGUGCUGCCGAGAUCCUGUCUGUGUUGUUAUUCCAUACAAUGAGAUAUAAACAGGCAGACCCAGAGAACCCAGACAACGACCAAUUCAUCAUUUCAAAGGGACUGCCAUUUGUUAAUACGGCAACAGGAUGACCUGGGCAAGGACUAGGGGAUACCUGUGGGAUGGCAUAUACUGGCAAGUACUUUGACCAAGCCAGCUACCAGGCAUUCUGUCUUCUAGGGGAUAAGGAGUGCACAGAAGGCUCUGUCUGGAAGUCAUUGGCCUUUGCAUCCUCCUACCAUCUGGAAAAUCUCAUUGCAAUCUUUGAUGUGAACUACAUUGGACACACUGGCUCCAUGACUGUUGAGCACUGCAUUGCUGCUGUCCCAGAAAAGCGUUGUGAAGCCUUUGGUUGGAAUACUUACGUGGUUGAUGGCCGUGAUAGGCAGCAGGACUGGUCCUAUUACAACAUCGCAGAAAUCUGGAGCAUAAUGGUCCUUGUGCCAAGGAGAAGUGAAGUUGCUCUAGGCUACGCCACUUGUGACCAGACCAUUGCUUUUACUUGCACCUUCGCUGCCUUUUUCAUCCGAGCAGAUGAUCAGAUCCGAAUGGGAGCUAUCUUUCAAAUCAACAUUAGCCUUGGUUGCCAUUGUGGGAUAUCUACUGGUGAUGACAGCUCCUAUCACAUGGCCCUGGAAGACCUGGCCAUGUUCCGAGCAAUUCCCAACUGCACUGUUUUCUAUCCAAGUGAUAUCAUCUCCACAAAGCAUGCUGUUUAUUUAGUAGCCGAUACUAAGGAAAUGGGCUUCAUUCGUACCGGCCAAGCAGAAACUGCAGUUAUUUACACUACUGAAGAAACCUUGCAGAUUGGACAGGCCAAGGUUGUCUGCCAUUAUGACAAUGACAAGGUCACAAUUAUUGAAGCAGGAGUCACUCUGCAUGAAGCCUUAGUGGCUGCUGAUGAGCUCUCUAAAGAAGAUACCUCUAUCUGUGUCAUUGAUUUGUUCAUCAUUAAACCCCUGGACACUUCCACCAUCAUUUCCAAUGCAAAAGCCACAGGUGGCCGAAUUAUCACCAUGGAGGAACACUACCCAGAAGGUGGCAUUGGUGAAGCUGUCUAUGCAGCAGUCUCCAUGGAGCAUGACAUCAUGGUUCAUCAGCUGGCAGUGAUGGAUGUGCCUUGGAGUGGAAGAGCUGGUGAAGUACUAAAUUUUUCUGGAAUCAGUUCUAGACACAUCACUGAGGCUGUGAAAUGCAUCUCAGUGAACUAA